AGCGGGCGGCGGGGGAAGAUGGAAGGAGCGUCCUUCGGAGCGGGCCGGGCGGGGGGGGCCAUCGACCCCGUGGAUUUCCUGAAGCAGCCGCAGACCCUGCUCCGGGUGACCACCUGGAUCUUCUCCAUCGUGGUGUUUGGCUCCAUUGUGAACGAGUGCUACGUGAACAAGGACAGCCAGAACCCCGAGCUGCUCUGCAUCUUCAACGAGAAUGAGAGCGCCUGCAGCUACGGCAUCGCCGUCGGCAUCAUCGCCUUCUUCGGCUGCAUCUUCUUCUUCAUCGUGGACCUGUACUUCCAGCAGAUCAGCAGCGUCAAGGACCGCAAACGGGCCGUGCUGCUGGACCUUGGCUUCUCAGGUUUCCUGGCCUUCCUGUGGUUUGUGGCCUUCUGCUUCCUGGCCAACCAGUGGCAGCGGACGACGCUGACCAGGAGCUUUGCUCAGGGGGCCGACGCCGCGCGGGCAGCGAUCACCUUCUCCUUCUUCUCCAUCAUCAUCUGGGUGGUGCUGGCAGUGAGGGCCCUGCAGAGGUACCGCCUGGGCACGGACAUGUCGCUCUUUGCCACCGACCAGUUCCCCGCUGACCCGAGCGCGCCGUACCCCGGGUACCCCGUGGGCAGCGGCACCGAGAGCACGGAGACCUACCAGAGCCCCCCCUUCACCGAGACCUUAGAGGCCAACCCCAAAGGUUACCAAGUGCCAGCGUACUGAGGGCCCGGGGCGUCCCCGGGGCCGCGUCCCACGGUGCAGCACCGCAUCCGGCCGAUCCCAAAUGUAUUCAGUCCCAUUUCCUUGCCGUGGCCAGUCAGUGCUGGGUCCCUUUAUUAGCUCGUUGUGCAGUGAAUUCUGUACAGUGGUAUUGGUUCUUGUCUUACCUGUCCCAGGGUUUCUAAAAGCAGUGUUCCCUCUAAGCCAGAAGGAAGGAAGGUUGUUACCACAUCACCUACACGUGGGGAAAAUGAAUAAAUGCCCUCUCUAAGCCUUGGUGCCGGGUGCUGGCUCUGCUGGGAAAGCCCAGGACACCUUUUCCUCUUAGAAAACAGUAGCUGAGGAGUUAUUUCUCUCGUUCUGAGGAGUUAUUUAUCUCGUUCUUCCAGAGCUAACACAGAAUCCGUCGAGGGUGGGUGGGCGGUGGGGAGGGUUGGGCUCCUGCUGAGGAGCUUUCCAGUCCAUGUUCCAUGGAAAGUGCCAAAUUCACAAGGAAGUUAAGUGGUGUCUGUGUUACUUUUCUUUGUAUAUAUUUACUGUACAAAACAAAUAUCCAAACAGGUGUUUCAAACUUGGCUUAGAGGCACGGGGGGGGGGCUCACAGUGGGUCGGGGUCAGGGUCAAUAUCCAGGUUAAUUCUGUGCUUCAAUGGGUUCUGGUCAAGGGUGUAAAAAUUACUGUUUGAAACUGGAAACCAGUUCAGCAGUAGCUGGCUGCUAACUGGGAAUAGCCUGUGAUCAGCAGGAUGUGGCAUGUUGUGGUUCUGUUUGUUCACCAGGGAGUUGGGAAGUUUCUGGUUGGCAGCGCUGCCACGUCCUCCCGCUCAGCCCUGGCACCAGGGAUGGAGGGCUCAGAUGCAAAGUCCAAGGCCAUUAGGAGCAAUAUUGGACUUGUGUUUUCAUACUGGGAGCAGCCACCAUCUGUCAGCUGCAGCAGAACCCCAGGUGGGGACAUGUGUGUCACCCUGCAGUCUCCAGAAAUGAGGAAUUCGGGCAGGGAACUGGAAAGGCUUCACAGGCCAUUGAAGUCUCUCCCCAGUGGGCUCACAUGUUUGGAAAUGGUGGGGGGAGAGAGUCAGUGAAAAGCACCCAGGAAAGAGGCUCAGUUUGGAGUUUCAGCUGCAAAAUUCCUGCCUUGUAAAAACAAAACGUGUAAAAUCCAGUGGGUCCUUGUCAGCCACCUACUGGCUUUCCCUUCCAGCUUUCCCUUCCAGCUUUCCCUGCUGGCUUUCCCUGAUGACUUUCCCUGCCUGUGCAGCAGCUGAUCCAGGCCAUGUGUCACUGAGGACUGAGCAGAGGAGCUGAAACUUGACUUCUUGACCCCCUUGGUGGCAGCUCCAUCCUUGGAGACCCCCAGCUCUCCCGGCUCUCCGGCACUCCGGGGUCUUGCCUUGCCAGUUCCCUCUGGCAAAGCCGCUGCUGCCUUCGCCCUGUGAGGAGCAACAGUCAGAGCCUGCCCCUCCCCGUGGAGCAGGUCCUGGUCACCACCACCACAGCUCAUUCCUGCUGCUGAAUGGCAUUUAAACCAAGUAAUCAGCAGCAAAUCCUCCCGAGCCGUCACUGGCCGUGACAAAGCGCAUUCCCUGCCUCCCUCCAUCCAGGCUGGGUUCCAUGAGCAUUCCCUGGCUGUGCCAGUGCUGAGCUCCUCACAGCUGCCUGACCAGGGACACCCAAACCCCAGGGUAGCCUAAAUGAAUUCCAGGAUCUUUGUGAUUUUGUGGAGCCAGUCUUGCUGGGAAAGGAAAAACCCCAAGGAUUUUAAUACAGGGUCCGGUAGAACUGUAGCAAUAUUUUCCUUAGAGGGAACACUGACACUUUAGCAGCACAACCAGUACUCGUGUUAAUAUUUUAGCAAAAUUAUAAUCAAUUUAAAUGUUUAAAUUGAUUGUACGUGAGAUAAUGUUCGUUCGGUACAGUGUAUUUUUUCUAACUAUAAUAUAACUGUUCCAGAGUUUCCUUGUAUCCGUGAAGAGCUAAAGCUGUGUCUGCCUGCGGGACGUGUCCUGCCCCCUGUACCCCCCGUGCUGAAAAUUACACGCUCUGAAUGUC